AUGGUUCGCUCACUGAAGUUUACGUCUUAUUUUAAAAAACUGGGCAAGGAAUGUUACACUGCUGAUUGUAAGGUUUCUCAUCACAUUUGUCUAUUAAAAGUAAGAAACAAAUUUUACUGUACUGAACUGCAUUCAGGCACCGAUGUAGGUGCUGGCCAAGGUAGUAAAUGCUCUUCAGGUGGAAAAGGCCGUAUCAAAAUUCGAUUCGAUGAGUAUAGAUUUUAUGAUACACGUCCAAUCUACUAUUAUCGUGUCGGUUGUACCCGAAAAAUCGUUGCUGAAGUCGAACAAUAUACCAAUCGAAGUAGUUUCAACGAUACAGAUUAUAAUUUUCUCUUUAACAAUUGUCAAGAUUACGUAAACGCAUGUAUUGAAUUCUUGGCAAUUGAACAGCCAGUCAAGGAGCCAGGUAAAUAUGUCGGUCGUGAGACAAGUGGGAACAAAAUGUACGAUGCAAUUGCUGCGAAUCAUCCUGCGGAGAUCACAUUGAACUAA